AUGACAUCUGCGGACACCUCGGGAUCAUUAUGCAAUAGAUGUCGUGUCCUCGAAUUUGAUGAUUUGGCUUGGCCAGGCAGCCGCAAAAUUGGUUCCACCAAAGAUGGUUUCCACCUUGAUAUUACUGGAACCACCAAAUAUACGCUUGACUUCUAUCUUGAAGAUUCGUUCCCAGGUUUACCAAAUCUCGAGAGAUCGUCGCAGAACGGCUGCCACUUUUGUCGGGUUUUGAAAUGCAUCAUACAAAAGCAUGUAUCGAACUCGACUAAACGCGUUCAAAUUAACACGGUUUAUUAUAACUGGGACUACUACUUUGGGAGAGCCGAUUUUGGUCGCUUUGGGCUUGUAUCUUUAGUCGCUGAAUUAGAAAAAUGGGCAGACUCAGCUAUUAGCAAAUCAGUCAAAAUAGUUUUCGACAUUGAUUGCGAUCCAGGACCCUGCUCCUCAUGGCUGUCACUUGAGCCAAAGCCUCAAGAAAACGCUUUGUGCAAUGAGAAUAUACAAUUAAUACAUGAUGAAAUUGCUCUGUCUGAGAUUGGGCGGAAUAAUAAUGCGUUGCUGGACAUGUAUUACCCUACUAGACUAGUCGACGUUGGGGACUUCAGUAGUGAUCGAUGCCGCUUAGUUCUCACAAAUUCGACCGCCUUCUUGGAGCAGCAAGAUGUUCUAGCACCUUUACAAUACGUGGCUCUUAGUUACUGCUGGGGCCCACCUGACGAUGCCGCAAAGCAGUUCAAAACUGAAGCAUCUACACUCAUUGAUCGACUGGCAGGAUUCUCCCCGACGGAUGCUUCCCCAGUGGUCCAAGAUGUGAUCGCUCUUACUCGAGCCUUAGGUUUAAAAUACCUUUGGGUAGAUGCUCUUUGCAUCAUUCAAGGCAACAAAGAUGACUGGGAGCGGGAAUCUGCAAGCAUGGGUCUUGUUUAUCGCCAUGCGCACCUCACCGUCGCUACGACAGGCUCGUCCUCUUGCCAGCACGGGUUUCUGGAGAGGGCUACUCCCAUCGUAGCUGUGAAAUUUGUUUCGAAAUUUGACUCCAGCAUAAGAGGACACUAUUACGUGCGUUUCAGUAAUAUCGCGAAAAUGAACAGGCCAAUGGACAUGGACUCAGUGAGGCGUAAUUGGCAAUCGAGCCCCUGGAGCGCUCGGGGAUGGACUUUCCAAGAAUCCGCGUUAUCUCGCAGGAUGCUGCUCGCUGGGAGAAACAAAUUCUACUUCUUGACCGCGGACAGGACACAUGCAGAAAACGACCAAGGAUUUUCUGAUGAAUGGGACGAUAUAGACAUGGCGAGCAGAAUUUCGGAAUGCGAAGAAGAAGAUAAAGAAUUCUUGACAUACCUUCCGAUCGGACUGUUCUCGCGGCGCGAGCUUACUGUUGAAUCUGAUAGACUCCCCGCAUUUUCGGGGAUGGCACAUCUGGCGCAAGAUAACCAUAAUGAUCAGUACUUGGCUGGCCUCUGGAAAGCCGACUUGCAUCGGGGUCUGUUUUGGAGAUCUUGUCUGUCCCAGUCUGGUAUUCUUCUAUCUAGGACAGACGUACUUGAUCAUUUAGAAACCUCGUAUUCCGCACCUUCGUGGAGCUGGGCGAGUCGACAACACGGCGUUGAGUUCCCCUCUGCAAACUUUGGUGCACAACAAUUUCACGGCUGGCACACUUCCAAAAACGAAUGUGAGGAAAUAGAGGCACAGACCUCGCUAGUGGGGACAAAUCCGUUUGGUGAAGUUACAGAUGGAACCUUAAGAAUCACUGGAUAUGUCGUGCCUGUUCCUUCGGAGAUGACACUUCUAGCGGACACCGAAUGGAUAGAAAAGAGGUGGCGGUCAAGCGAAAAGGGCAAAUACAUUGCAUAUAUAAGCUUCGAUUGGAACAAUUGGGAGCCAUCCGAAUCAUUUAGCAACAUGUCCUUGCUUCUGGUUGGGAGUUCUCUGCCAAUGAUAGAUGCGCGAUCGAUAUACGACGUGGAUCAACUAGAACAACUAGGAGAUGAAGGUACGACCAUCAAAUAUGAGAAGAUAGGAGAAGAAACAGCAAGCAUCAAAGUAAAUGAAGAUGAACCUGAGGCUCCUCUUAUGGUUGAGACAGAAGCAGAAGCCAUCAUUCAAGCAAUGGAGACACUUAGCACUGCAAAUAACAAAGAUAACUCUGGCGGAAACAAAGACGUUGAGCCUGACUACAGUUUGGGAUCAGAACCUAACUGUACAACGGGACCUGGGAUAUACGCAUGGGGUAUUGUUAUCCAUCCGGCCAAGCAUCAUUUUCAGAAGUACGUUCGCGUUGGCAUCUUUAGCUCUUGGCCGCAAGAGCGUGGUGGCUUGGAUUACUUCCAAAUCGGCAUGCCUCAAACGGUACAGAUUAUUUAA